CGUUUGGCGUUGGCAGUCCUGGUCCGUAAAUAGACAAAAUGGCGACGCUAUGAUCCCGUUGGUGUCGGCGAUCCGAAUUGUCCGCAACCGUGUGAAUUAAAGCGAAGGCGGUUGUGAAUCCGCCCCCGAGGCGUCGCCGCAGCCCCCUUGGGCCCCACACGGAUGCUGUUUUGUGUCAGUUGGUGGGCAGUGUGCGCAAAACGGCGGUGAAAAAAUGUGAUGUUGUUUCUUUGUCUUUUAUUGUCGACGAUGUGAAGUGUGGUCGUGUUGCUGAUUUUUACGGCGAGUGGAUUGCGGUUUCGGAUGCACUGAUAAUCGUAAAUUCCCAUGUCGUCCGUCGUCCAGCAGCGCCCUCUCAUCGGCUCAUCAUCGGCGUGAGAAAAAUGUCACCAUCGCCAUGUUAAAGCCAAGUGAUCUAAGCGUCGCGACGACGUCCGCACAGCGGCGUCGUCGUCGCAUCAAAAAAUCUAUCUGUGAUUCAUCUCCUCAUCAAGACUGUGGACUUGAUGAAACAAAAGAAAACGUGUUUCUAACAAUACGUACGUGCCUAUUAACUCGAUUCGCGUCAAUUUUCCAAAAAACGUUAUUAAUCAAGCAGUUGUUGCUUUACUAUUUGUUACUGAUAUCGUGGUGCAGUGUUAGUUCUUCGGUUGAAGCUUAUUCGAGCGCGUUCGACAAAAGCGAACAUUUACUCGAGAAAAUGAAUCUUGAACAGAGCAUCGCUGCUGUAUUUAAUAAAGUAGCUUACGGAAGCACGACGAAAAGAUCUAUACCGGAUAAUGCUUAUCCAGUUACGACACUCGCUACACCACUCCUUACCACCUACAAGUAUUCCGAUGGAAACGACGAAUGGGAACGAGUUGAUGUGAAGAACGAACGGCCUUCUGGACGAAGUAGUGUCGAUUUCGAAACAAGUGACUACGAAGAGAAGAAGGAUGAUGGGUAUGGAAGCGAUCUAGAGAAGGAUCAUGUACUACCUACAUCAGCACCAGCUGCUGACAUAUUGAAGAACAACAACAACAAACACUAUAAUAACCCUAACCGGUAUAACAACGAUCGGUUAAAGCCGGACUUUGAGCCUGGCGAACAAGUAACCGAGAGUAACAUCAAGUCAACCACGGGGGCAAGUCUCCAUAGAAACGUACGGCCGACUAAAUCAAUGUAUAGCAAAGACAUUCCCAGUUAUAUCCCUCCAAACCGGGAUUUUUUCACACCGCCAAUCCCUCCAGCAUUCCAGCACCCUUUCGCCGAUAAACCUACCCUUCGUGGGACAAACUCCCAUGGUUUCGCCAGUCGGAGACCCAUCCCACCGCCCAGUUUAAUGCCCAGCAAAGACCGAAUCCCCUUCCGCCCCGACCUACCCAAAGUCAAUGCCGAGAAAAUCCCCGAACCCAAAACCGAAAAAACCGAAAAGAAGAAAACGCUAAACACGCCAUCGCAAAGUGCCAAAUUGGGCGAUUUCUACGGCUUGAAUCGCCACAAUGAGACCAGUUUCGAGUAUGAGAAGAGUUACGCACCGGAACCGUCAAUCACCAGGAUACUGAGCGGUUCUAAUGGACGCCAUGAUGAUAUACAGAUACCGGAAAUACUGUACCGUGCUGUGACAGCAACACCACAAAACGUCAAAACCACCAAGACACGAGCACCGGCCGCGGAACCGUCAGUUGAGAUCGUCCGGGACGAAGUCGAGGAGCAUGAGACUGAGAGGAGCGAGGAGAUCACCGAAAGUGUGACGGUACGGAAGGAGGAGACGACGCAAGUUUCGGUCAACUUGCCGAACGUUAAGGAGAAGGAGACGAACGUGACAAAGGCGAGUACCGAGGAGAUUUGGCUGAUUUGUUGGAACGUUCAUGUUUAUUUGGUUGUGUUUGGUUAUAUCCUCCUGGCGAUCUAUUCGAUCUAUAAGUUGGUGCGGUACGAGAACGACCCUCAUAUGUUCUCGAAGAGCUAUUUCCUGACGAUUCAUUUGAUGUUGACGGUGAUUUGUGUGCUGAGGAUUUUCUACCUCACCUAUGAUCCGUACAACGUCAAUAAAUCGUUCAAUAUUUUCCUAUAUGAGUUCUUGCAUUCGUUCCCUUUGUCGCUUCUAGCAACGACGUUCGCCGUUUUGAUCCUUUUCCUCCUCAAACGGACGCUGACGCAUUUGGAAGUCAAGACGCGACCGGUUUUUCUCGUCGUGUUCGCACUCUUACAUAUAGUUCUAUGUAUAUGUUUGAGCACGUUUGAGAGUUUCGGCCAUUUUGAAAAGGCCAGUCUCAUUGUCUGUCGACCGGUUUUCGUCCUCCUGUCAUGGGCGCUCGGUUUUAGUUACUUGUACUUGUACCGAAUCAUUAAAAACGUCUUGGCCAAGAAAAGCCAGAACUUGUCCGAGAUGUGCACACAGAACAUCUCAUAUGCGUCGCAUAUAACAAUCGCAGUGGCGCUACUUUUCAUACUUUUGGGCUUCGUCCAAUUGUAUGCAUUGUUCUUCAUUAAAAUCGACCGAUUCAAUGAUGAGACUAAACACCAUUGGAUUUUGUGGGGUUUCGAACUUUCGGUCCGUUUCCUCGAAAUUUCAAUAAUCACCCUUUUGGCAAUCGUGGUGAGCUUGAAAAUGUCGCAACGCGAGAAGCAAACCGGGGGAUUCCCCCUCUUCCCGUGCACGACCAGCGACUCAAGCACUGAUAACAUAUACCCUAACAAUUGUAAUACCAACCCCAACGCGCUUAACUACAGCCGGAACGAGAUGAUUAUGGACAACAUACCAACCGAACCAGUCGAACGUCCCAAUUUGUUAAAAACCGCCUUUCAAAACGACUCCUUCGAUAAGAAAUCAACCCUAGAACGUUACCAUUCCGAUUCGGAACGCACUAGCAAUUUCGACCGUUUCGAACGCCCGAAUUGGUCCGAUCGGUUCGAUUCGCGUCCGAAUAACCACGAGGCGAACUUCGGCCGAAGUUCGGCGCGGUUGAAUUCGGCAAAGUACUACACGAAGCCGAAGUAUGACGAUGAAGGCGGGGCGCAAGAACGUAAUAUCUAUAGCGAACCGGUGGAUAAUCACCAGUACGAAAGGACGCGGCAUGAUUUCGAACGCGGGGAUUUCGAUAGAAGGAGUCGGAAUUCGUCGAAUACGUCCGGGAGGAGAUCGACUGGUCGGACGCGUAAAAACCAUGCUCGACCCCAUCUCGGGGUGCAAACCUUGCCGAACCACCAGGAUUCCAUGCUGGUGGACGAACAAGGUUUCGUCAGAUUUAGGCACAUGCAGGAGGAGAAACCGAGUCAGGGGCAUUUUAGUGAUGCGUGAAAUUCGGGGCUGAGUCGGACUAAAGGGUAGUGAGCCGAGGGGGCGAAUUGCAAUUAGAAAAAAAGUACAAAUUUCGAUACAUUUUGAUGAUUUUUGGAGUUGUCAGUGCAAAAAAUGGAUGCCGGGUUAAAUUGGGCUGUGGCGCCCAACGUGGGGCCACGACCAACUAACCAAAUCUUUGAGAGAAAACGAGUUUUAAGCUGCAAUUAUGGUUAAACACACUCAUGAUGGCAUGUCUACUUAAUUUUAUUGAAGAAAUUUGGAGUGAAACACUUGAAAGACAUUAAACAACGACCUAACUAUACCUAGUUAUUUAUUGAUAAUACUCAUUUCGUGACGUUUGGAAGCGCAGGGUACUAGAUAGCCCCGUUUCGUGUGAUUUUAGCAAUAAUUCCGUUAAUUAGAGCUCACUACCCCCGCCGCCCCCGAUAGACGGUUCGGCCUAAUCAAAACCCACUUUCGCUUUUGACGUUUUAAAAAACUUAGCCAUGACAGUCACACGUGUGAACGCGGUCCCUCACGAGGACAAACCUAAUAAAGUAAAAAUCCACUAAUUGUUAGAUUAUAGUGUAUGUACGAUUAUAAUACUUUACGAUGAUAAAGUAGCAGUGUAUAAAAAUGAAUUUGCAAAAGUGUACAUAUUUAUAAUGUUAAGUGACUAUAUAUAAUUUUAAUUUUUUAUAUAAUUUUUGAUAAGAUACAGGGUGUUCGUGUUGACAACAAACAAAAAGAACGGCAGCUACUAUGACCCGAUUUUCUCAAAACUCUUCUCCGAAUUGUUUCGUCCCCUGUAUAUUUUUAGUUAGUUUAGAUGAACGGACUGAAUUCAUGUUAUUUAUUAUCGUUCGGGCUAAAUACACGAGAAAUUACCGUCCUAAUGACCAAAAUAGGCGGCGGAAAAAUCGCUCGCCAGAGGGCGUCUUUUCCGGCGACGUGUCACAAAUAUGUAGAUGUGUUUUGUUUGUAUAUAUGUAUCUAAGCCAAUAUUUAGCCUUGCCAUUUUUAACUGCUGGGUUUUUUAAUAACGUAGUAAGAGUUAAGGAAGAAGAAUUAUUAUUUUUGUACAUUAUGUUCAGUAUUAUUUUUUUACGUUCACAGUAUUUAUUAUUAGGUUUCCUUUCUCACAAAAGACUUGAUUUUUAUACAUUCCUCGUUACUUGCCACUCUUUACUUUAUAAUGUUCCUAAGUGACGUACUUAUACCAGUAAUUCUGACGUUUUUUGCCAGUAUUUCUAUAACGCCUCUACUUGUAUUAGUAUAGAGAGAAUAACAUUUUUUGAUUUUUGGUGUCACACAAAUGUUAUUUUAAACAAAUAAACUACAAGAUAUAAGUGAAUCUGGUGAUUUUCCAAAUGUACAAAACUGAUGAAAAAUACAUUUCGUAAAGUCAUCGCUUUAUUUAUACGAAUCGACUUCUAUUGUAUUAUAUUAUUGUAAAAUAUAAACUAUGUCUAA